CUUGACCCCAUGACUUCCGGGCCGACGCCCACCUUUAGACUCGCGUUCGUCAGAUCGUCUCAGUCUCAGUGUAUGUUUGUGUUUGGGCGUUUGUUUAGACGUGUGGAAUUCUCAGACGGUUCUCCCACCGAUGUAGAAAUAGUCCUGUGUUUGCAAAUGGUAGAGAAGGAAGUUUUUGUUGGUUCUUUUAUCAACUGAGACUUUUUGGUGACAGGUGUCUUGCACUUGCGUUUGGGGUGUUCAUUGAAACUGCCACUGCUGCAUUGUUAUUGUUUUUUAUCAUUUUUUGGACCGACUUUUUUGACAAUCACCACAGGCCUCUAACACCACACACUCCCAGCUUUGGAACAGUAGGCCUACAGAAUGUUGCUCGUAUUUGAGGACUCGCACAAGGAGCAUUUGUCUUUUCUUGUUGGCCUUGAACCAGAAGUCUUGAGAGAGUUUUGUAAGAUAUCUAUGAACUUCAUCCGCAAAGGGACAAAUCCCAAAGUAUUUCAAGGGGCUGCACAGAAACUGGGUGUUUCUGCUGAGUCUGUGCAGCACGGUGUCGAAGGGCUGAUGUAUUUGCUCACGGAAAGUUCGAAGAUGAUGUUGAAUGAGAUUGACUUCCAGGACUCCAUCAUGACCCUUGGCUUUGACGAUGACACGCGAACAACCCUGUUAGAGGUUUACCUGAGCCAACGCAAGGACAUCAGAGACAUUCUUAACGAGGUCAGCAUGGAUCUGCCGCAUUAUCAUAACCUGGAGUGGAGAUUUGAUGUCCAGCUGUCUAGCCGUAGUCUUCGCCACCAGGUGUCUCCGUCCAUACUGCUCCAGCUACAGACACAGGAAGACGGUGAGAAAAAGACACAGAUGUUACAGACGGAUCCUGUUAACCUGAUCCAUUUGACCAGUGUGUUAGAGGAGGCUUUGCAAGAGAUGAAGUCUGGCUAUUGUCGAAGAAUUGUCCGAAACAUUAAAUAAAAUCUUGUUGUAUUAAUAAUAUGAGUACAAUGUAUGUUGUAUGUUUGGGAUGAGUGAUGGCAUAAUAAGCCAAGCUUUGCUUAAUUGAAGAUAAUUAUGUAAAAUUAAUAGUUAUGUCAGCUGUCAUUUUUAGAAAUACAGUAUGCAGUUUUUACAAUUUUACAGGAAAGCCGAAAAACUGGAUGUUGAUACCAAGAAACCAACUCUUUGCAAACAUCCCAAGCCAAUAUUUUAAGAAUAUAAUUUUGAUAAUAGCUUUAUGAUUAUCUGUAAAGCAAAUACUGUUUUCUUGGUAGCAAUGUUCAGUUUUUUUGGCUCUCCUGUAACAUUGCGAAAACUGCAUAUAUACUGUUGUAUUGUUAAAAAUGACGGCAGAUGUCAAUGAGUUCAUUCUACAUUGAUUAAAAUCGAUGUAAAAUGAGCUGGUUGGCUGUAUAAACUAUUAUUGUCUCCUUACAGCAGCUGUGUGGUUACUUUACUGUGUGUCUCCUCCUGAUGAAGAGCAGACAUGUCGUUUAUUUGUUUAGUUUAUAUCUUUGUGAAAGAUGACUUGGGGGAGGGGGGGGAGGGAAGGGGGGACCACAGAUUGAGUCUCCAACGUGGAAUUGUUGAACAACAUUUUGUUUUAGAAGUUUUUAUAGUUACCCAGUUUUGUGAUGAUUGUAUGUGUUGAGAGGUGAUAUGCUUGUACUAUGCCUGUUGAGAUGAUGUGCUUGAGAAUAAUGA